UGGGACUAACGGCUGGGGCGGCGCAUACUUUGCAGCCUUUGAAGUGAGGCGCGCCGCGACGAAAAAUACUGUGGCGUCGCUGCGAUCGAAGUGCAUUGAACUGCAUUAGAGUGGCAGCACCCGUGCAGCACAUAGAAUAAGGAACUGUAGCAGACGAGCGUUGGUAUGAGUGGUGUUGUGAUGAUCAGCAGCCGGGUUGAGGUGAACGUACUGCUGCGGCAAGAGUGCGGCGACGAUCGGCAAGGCUGUCCCGUGGCCGGCGUCGUUUUUCUUCGUGGGCUUUGACGUCCGGCGAGUGUUGGGCCGUCCCAUGUUGCCGCUCGGCAGCGGUGAGUCACCACCGGCGGCGACUACGGGAGCGGCGCGCGCUUUGGCCUGUCCAGCGACCUACUUACUCGGCCACGACGUGGGCGGGGGAUGCCUUUUCGAUAAGUAGGAAACUUCUUGUCCGAUGCCCCUGUGUGGGGCAGCGUUUCACGACAAAGCCUGGACGAUUCAGGCGGGAUUCUCCGCCUGUCACUGGUGGGUGCACAAGAUUGACUGGCACUCUUAGGUGCCAGUACACUAUGCAACUAGCUCACCUCUGAAGUGUGCCCUCUGAUCCUGGUGCCAUGAGUGGUGAACGCCUUCCGUUUACAACUACCAAGCCUGAGGCUGCCGUGUUGCCUGUCCGACGUACAGCUCCGUUGCAGCAGGAUGUACGCUCACCUGUGCGGCUCCAAGUCCCAGGAGCUGGAAACCUGCCAAGGCCAAAAGUUGUUCCAAGGCCUGGUUCACGGGUUGCAUCCAUUGCCAAGAGCUUUGAGCAGCUCAGCUUGGCCGAGCCUACCAGUGUCGGGAGGAGGGCGACGACAGUUGCAAACCGUCGAUCGUUCCGAGCCACGUCCGGCAUUGUCCGACCCUCAGCGGUGCGAAGGACCCAUUCAGUGCUGACGCAGCAGAAGCCACUGACUGCUGUGCAGGUGGCUGUGCGCAACCUGGAGGCACGCUGCACCAGCCCUGCCCCCAGGGAAACUCUGGCCAAUCACUCCUUCCUGUGGACACGAGACGAGAAGGAGCUCCAAUAUGGCGGAUCACUAAGCAGUGCCUGUGGUGACACAAGCAAGAAUGACCCACCGUGGUGCACGGCAGAGAGCGACAAGCCAUAUGAGGACAUCACCUGGGAGAUGGUGGAUGACAGCAGCUCAUCAUCGACCACUUACGAGCACCUGUACGAGCCCAUCUACGAUGUCCUCGACCACCAACUGCCGGGCAACCAAGAGGAUUGCUCCAGCGAUAUCAGGGUGGAGAUCUCAUCGCACUGCACCACCAACCUCCCCAAGGAGUCCACUGGCAAGCCGUUGGGCGACAGCAGCCGACGGAGACCCCUGGCCACUUUCUACGUGCAGCUCUCUGUGGACGGUGCUGCCACCACCACUACAGCCUCCGGCACAGGGUCACGGCCACAGCGACGGCGCCGCUUGCGUCGCAUGUCAGCCGUACCCAGGCGACCCCAGUCACCACCACCUCUGCCACCGACGGCAGCUGCUGCAGGCUCCUCCCCCCCACCAGCAACUCCCUGUCCUGAGACCAGUGACGGCCGGCUGCUGGAGGAAGAGCCCCUGUACCAGUUCUACCAGCAGGCCGUGGUGCAGCAGGCGUGCCAGUGGGGAUCGGUCGACGGAGACGAGCCUUGCGGACAGCGCACCCUCUGGCGAGAACUGCCGCAGGUUCGUGCAAGUGGUGUGCUGGAGCAGCUGACGGAUACCGAGCAACACCAGCACGAGGCACUGUUCGAGGUUCUCACCUCGGAAGCAUCAUACCAGCGCAGCCUACGCCUCCUGACGGACCACUUUGCACCCGGAUUGCACGGCACGCUCGAGCCACGCGAGUGGGACGCCCUGUUCGGCAGCCUGGGACCCCUGCGCGAGGCCAGCGAGCGGCUGCUGGCACGCCUCGACCAGUGCUGGGACGGCCCGCUGCUUUGCGAGCAGCGCGUGUGCAGUGCACUGCAGGAGCACGCCUCGCAGCACGGGGCCGCCUACGUGCGCUACUGCUCCCACCAGGGCCACCAGGAGCGGCUGCUGCGCGAGCUCAGUGCCUCACGGCCAGACGUGGCCGCGCGGCUGCGGGACCUGGAGGCAGCCCCCGACUGCCAGGGCCUGCGUCUCCACUCGUUCCUGCUGCUGCCCAUGCAGCGUGUUACCCGGCUGCCCCUGCUGGCCGAUGCCCUGCUGCGACACGCACCCGACAGCAGGCCGGCCAGGGACGCCCUCGGUGCCCUCAACCAGGUUGUAGCCGACUGUAACGAGGGCGCCCGCAAGAUGGCGCGCAUGGAGGAGAUGCUGCACGUGUCACGCACGCUCGAGUUCCGCGAGUGCCGCGCAGUGCCCCUCAUUUCGUCCAGCCGCUGGCUGGUGAAGCGAGGUCCGCUCGUGCGGGUGUCACUGGACAGCCGGAGGCGCACCUGGGGCCGCCUGGUGCAGUGCGCGCGCACUUCGCUGCACUUGUUCCUCUUCACCGACCUGCUGCUGGUGACCAAGCGCAAGGGGGACGACUACUACGCCGUACUGGACCACUGCCCACGCAACAUGCUGCAGGCGUGCGCAGAGGCCCCAGCCACGCUGCCAUCGCGCCUGCCCGACUGCUGCCGUCACCUGUUCCAGCUCACCCUGCUGCAGAACAGCGCCGGACGCACGGUCGAGAUGCUGCUGGCUGCCGAGUCCGAGAGCGACAAGACGCGAUGGAUGGACGUGUUGACGCCCAUGGUGUCCAGUGACCCUGACGAACGCAUCUACGAAGAGUGGGACUGCCCACAGGUGCAGUGCCGGCACGCAUACACGCCUCGGCAGCCUGACGAACUGGCCCUGGAGGAGGCUGACGUGGUCAAUGUGUUCCGCAAGAUGUCCGACGGCUGGUAUGAAGGGGAGCGCCUGCGAGAUGGGGCACGAGGCUGGUUCCCUGCAUCGCACACGGUGGAGUUGGUCAACCUGCACGUGCGCUCACGCAAUCUGCGCCUUCGUUACCGCCUACUCAUGGCCUCACAAACACUGCUUGAGCAGCAGCAAUUUGGCAAGAGCGAUGCCUAAAUAAACUGCCUCUUUGUCUUUC